AUGGAAGAGAAAAAGGAGCCGCAGUGCUCCAUGACUCCUCUCUCCUCUGCCUCUACACUGUCGUUAUCCUCUGCCCCUUCAUCCACUACGCUGUCCUCGUCGGAUCAUGCCCUCUACCCAUACGAGGAGGCCGCAGCAGCGAGAACGCUGGUCGACAUCUUUGCUGCUUCCUCAAAAACAUAUCCAACAGCCCCCGCACUCGACAAUGGCUCUGAUCGCUUGACCUAUGCUGAGCUGACCGCAGCCGUGGACACGCUCGUCAGUCGUCUGCGUGAAGCUGGACUCGGUCCUGGUGAUCGAGUCGGCAUUCGCGUCACAUCUGGCACCACGGAGCUGUACAUCGGCAUCCUGGCCAUUCUCAAAGCCGGCGCAGCGUACGUCCCUGUCGACGUUGACGAUCCGGACGAGCGUGCGGACCUCGUCUUCUCCGAGGCAGGCGUCUGCGCCGUCAUCACCGACAAUGACACCAUUACAAUCCAAGAUACAAAGCCAAUUGGCACCACGGCGUCUCAAAAAUACCCCUCCCCAGACAAUGAUGCAUGGAUCAUCUUUACGUCGGGAUCGACUGGCAAGCCGAAGGGCGUGGCGGUCACCCACCGCAGCGCCGCCGCCUUUGUCGAUGCCGAGUCGCACCUCUUCCUCCCCGACAAACCCCUGGCACCUGGAGAUCGCGUGCUGGCCGGUCUGUCUGUCGCCUUUGACGCUUCGUGCGAGGAGAUGUGGCUGGCGUGGCGGCACGGCGCUUGUCUAGUGCCGGCUGCGCGCACGCUUGUCAAGGCGGGCGCUGAGCUGGGUACUUUCCUCACGACCCAAAACAUUUCCGUUGUGUCCACCGUGCCGACGCUUGCCGCCCUGUGGCCGACAGAAUCCCUUAGCGGCCUGCGCUUGCUGAUUCUCGGCGGUGAGGCGUGCUCGCCCGAACUGGCCCACCGGCUGGCUGGCGCGGUCGGCGCCGUGUGGAACACUUACGGCCCCACAGAGGCCACCGUUGUCUCCUGCGGCGCCCCACUAAAGGUCGGCGACCCGGUAGUUCGCAUCGGCCUGCCGCUCGCCGGGUGGCGACUGGCCGUCGUCGACGCCGACGGCCACCCGGUGCGCUGGGGCGAAGAAGGUGAGCUCGUUAUCGGCGGAGUUGGCAUGGCGCGCUACCUGGACGCCGAAAAGGACCGGGCCAAGUUUACGCCGUCGCCGGCUUUCGGCGGCGAGCGCGCGUACCGCAGCGGCGACCUGGUCCGCGCCGAGAAGGAAGGCCUCCUUUUCGUCGGUCGCAACGACGAGCAGAUCAAGCUGGGUGGUCGUCGCAUUGAGCUCGGCGAGAUUGACGCGGCCAUGAUGACGCUGCCUGGCGUCAAGGGUGCAGCAAGCGCCAUCCGCCGCACCGACACGGGCAACCAGGUCCUUGUCGGGUACGUGGUGCGCGACGACAGCAACAAAGAAGCAUCAUCGCCUUCGGACAGGAACUUCCUCAAGCGUAUGCUGCCUCCGACCUUGAUCCCCAUGCUAGUCACUGUGGACAGCAUCCCCGUGCGAACGUCGGGCAAGGUCGACCGCAAGGCGCUGCCGUGGCCGCCUCCCGCGUCGUCUCCUUCGGACGGUGCCGCAGCCGACGGUGACAGCAACACCAUGGCCUGGGUGUCGAGUCAGUGGCGCGCCGUGCUCGGGGCGUCCGGUGCCUCGCCCGACGCCAACUUCUUCGAGCUCGGCGGUACCAGCCUCGCGGCCGCGCAGCUCGUGUCACAGCUGCGCGGCCGCUCCCACACGCUCUCCGUCGCCGAUGUCUACGAGCACCCUACGCUGGCGGCCAUGGCGGACCGCGUCGAUGAGCUGCUCGGUGCCGACAUUGUGCAGCGCGAGGUGCGCCUGAGCCCGCGCUGGGUCAUUUUCUUGCAGAGCGUGGUGCUCGUCGCGCUCUUCCUGCUCGAGGGGCUGCGCCUCAUGGUGCCGCUUUUCACCUCAAAGCGCAUCUUCGAGGCCGUCUUUCCCGACCGCGGCGCAUUCUGGGCCACGCGCCACCAACUGCCGUGGGCUGUGGUCGGUGUUCUCUGGGCCCUGUUCAUGACGAUGCCGGGCCGCCUGCUGACCACCGUCGUCAUCGUCCGCGCGCUCGCCUUCGGCAUCGGCCCCGGCGAGUACCGCCGCGCUGGGCUGACGCACCUGCGCCUCUGGGCGGCCGACCGCUUCGUCGGGCUCGGCAGACUUGGCGCGAUCGCGGGAACCAACUGGGCGCGGUACUACGCACGGUUGAUGGGCUGCCGCGUCGGUCGCGACGUGCAGCUGCACGCCCUCGUGCCUGUCACUGGGCUGGCAAUCUUUGGCGAUGGAGCAGCCAUCGAGCCUGAGGUGGACUGCGCGGGCUACUGGAUCGAUGGCGACGUAGUGCACGUCGGCACCGUGACGGUCGGCGAGGGUGCAUGUGUCGGCGCGCGCUCUAUUCUCAUGCCUAACGCCGUCGUCGAGCCGUACGCCACCGUCGAGCCUGGCAUCUCCGUCCAGGGCGUCGUCAAGUCGCCGCUGCCGCCGUCGGCAUCGUCUUCAGAUCAAGGCUCCAGCCACGACGACACGUUCCGCCCGACGUCGGGCGGCUUCCGCAUCGGCAUCGCCUACACGCUCGCGCUGCUGAUGCUCGACCUGUUGCCCGUGCUCAUGUUCGCGCCCAUCUGGGGCCUGAUGCCGAUCCUCGUCAAGGACUACACCGACUUCCGGCAGCUCAGUAUCGGCAUUAUUGCCAUGACUGCACCGGGCACCGCCGUUGGCCUCGUGCUCUACCUCGCCGCCGUGGUCAUCAUCGUGCGCCUCGCCAACCUGGCGAUCCACCCGGGCUCGCACUCUUGGAACGGCGUCGCCGCCUUUGCCGCCUGGCUCGUCCACUACCUGAUGAUGGACGUGCGCACCAACAUCUUCCCACUCUUCGCCAGCCUGCUCACCCCUCACUGGCUGCGUCUGCUCGGCGCCAAGAUUGGCCGCAACGUCGAAGCCUCCACCGUGGUGCCGCUGCCGUCCCUGCUCACCGUCCACGACGACGCCUUCCUCGCCGAUGACGUGCUCGUCGCGCCCUACGAGCUCUCUGGCGGGCGCAUGCAUCUCGGCGCCGUCUCCAUCGGCCGCCGGUCCUUCCUGGGCAACUCGGCCAUCGUCGACCCCGACGUCAGCGUCCCCGACAACUCGCUCAUCGGCGUCCUCGGCUCCGCCCCCAGUCGCCUCGGGGGGAAGCAGCAGAUGCACGCGGGCUCCUCCUGGCUCGGCCGCCCGCCCAUCUCCCUCCCGCGCAAGGUCGACGCCAACAUUGACAACGCGCUGACUUUUGCGCCGCCCAUGAGGCUCGUCGUCGCGCGCGCCCUCAUCGAGUCCUGCCGCGUCCUCCCGCUCCUCCUCAACGGCUUCCUCCCCUCCACGGCCAGCCUCGGCACGCUCUGGCUCACCGACCUCUUUGGCUUCGGCUUCGGCGUGCUCGCCGCCGCGGGUCUCCUCGUCGGCUGUGGCCUGGCCGCCGCCGGCUUCACCGUCGCCGCCAAGUGGCUGCUCACGCCCAACGUGCGCGCCGGCAGCACGCACCCGCUCUGGAGCUCCUUCGUGUGGCGCAACGAGCUCGCCGACUCCUUCCUGCAGGCCAUGUGCGUGCCGCUGGCGGUGCGCUACAUCUACGGCACGCCCGUGCUGGCCGCGCUGCUGCGGGCGCUCGGCGCGCGCGUCGGCCGCGGCGCCUGGAUCGAGAGCCACCUGCUGCCCGAGGCGGACCUGUGCGUCGUCGGCGACGGCGCGACGGUCAACCGCGGGAGCCUCCUGCAGACGCACCUCUUCCACGACCGCCUGAUGCGCCUCGACGAGGUGCGCCUCGGCAGAGGCGCGACGCUCGGCCCGCUCACGGCCGCGCUGCCGGGUACGGAGAUUGGCGCCGGCACCACGAUCGCGCCGCUCUCGCUGGUCAUGCGCGGCGAGCACCUCCCGGGCAGCACGAGGUGGCGCGGGAAUCCCGUCCGGCCGUGGCGCGAGAGCGAUGAGGAGAAGAUGGGCAAGGCCUCGCGGACCUCGAGCUGGGACUCGCCCUCGCCGGUGUAG